UGGGCCAGCUGCCGCAUGCGAUGCAGCUGCCUCUUCAUCAUCUUGGGCGCGGGCUGGGGGCCGCGGGGUCACGGGGGGGAAGGGGGCGAGGGCCCGGCAGCCCCCGGCCCAGCCUGCCUGCGCCCGCAGCGCUGCUCUCGCCCCGGAUGGGUGGGCGGCGCUCUCCGCUUCCUGGGCCAGCCGCGCUCCGGCGGCCGCUCGCUCCCUCCUCCUCCGCGCGCGACUCCGCCCCCGGCCCCCAGGUCACUCCUCUCUCCAAGUUUGUUUUCUCGUUCGCCCCCGGCUUCCGGGCGCCCCGCAGGCCCCCGGCCGGUCCCCGCGACGGUCGCGCCGGCGGCCGCCUGGCGGUCCACAGGUUGUGUGGCGGCCCCGCCCCCCGGUCCCGCCCCGCCCAACCCGGGUGGCGGGAAGCAGGCUUGCCCAGGCCUAAACCCAAGCACAAGGGUCAGGACACCCGACCUGGAGAAGCAGCGGCUGGAAACCACCAGAAAGGGCCGUCUGAUCAGCCCAGUGGAGCUCUGGGCCUCUCACCCAGGAUCCGGGCUCCCCUCCAGCCUGACCCAAGAGCUCUUCUCUGACUGGCCUGGGUGGGGCUGCUGUGCCUCUUGGCUUGGGUGAGGGGUAUGUUUUAGGUUAUAUUUAAGCUUGAGCACACUUGGAUGCUGAAUCAUAAAGGGUUGGAAGCCCCAAAGGUUGGAUCAUAGGCUUCGAAGGAUGUUGUAAUCAGAGACUUUUGGACUAUGAGGUUUUAUCGGGAAAUGUCAAGAUCACAGUUUGAGAGCUGCAGGUGCAGGAAGGGGGCAUCAGAGAUCACCGGCCAACACCAUCUCCGAUCAGGAGACCUCUCCACUGGGCGUUGGGAGGGCUCUUUGGCUUGGCUGGCUCUCCUCUGCUUGUGCCGAAUCCUGCAUGGUCUAGCGACGUGCCAGGGGCACAGGAGCUCAACAGACAGGGCUGACUUGAAUGCAAGUGAAGGCAUUGCAUCAAUGGACGCUUAUUUCCAGCCCAGAGACAGCUAGAACAGAGCUUGAGUGUGUGUGGAAGAAGCCGGCCAGCUGGGCUCAGCCUCUAGCUAGCUGGGUGACCUUGGGCCGGGGAGUUCACCUGUCUGAGCCUCAGUGUCCUGGGUCGGAUGAGAAGAAUGAGAACCGGGACCUGACCUGCUCUGUAGACCAGAGUUUCUAUGUAAAAUACUUAGAACAGGGGUACCUGGGUGGCUCAGUGGGUUAAAGCCUCUGCCUUUGGCUCAGGUCAUGGUCCCAGGGUCCUGGGUUCGAGCCCCGCAUCGGGCUCUCUUCUCAGCAGGGAGCCUGCUUCCUCCUGCCUAUGCCUGCCUCUCUGCCUACUUGUGCUGUUUGUGGAA